UUAAUUAUAGGAAAUGCGUUUUUCUAAGGUACAUAAACUUUUGAGAUAGACUGUAUAGCCAAUACAUCCUUAAACAUUCACUCAUUCAACAGUUUUUAACAGAUAGCAUGAAAUCAUGAACUUUAUAAAAAGAAUGUUUGUAUUUAUUUUGCAAAGAAGAAUUGGUAUUACUAACUUAAGGUCGAUGGCAAUUAAUUAACGUGAGAUAAAUUCGCGAAUCGAGCCUGAGAGGCUUUGUCGAAGGGAAUCCAGUGCCAAAUGUAUAUCUUCCCAGGCGUACGACAUUAUCUCGUUGCGUACAGAAAAAUACGGGAUGUUCACUACAAUACGCGCGAUGAGAGCGAUCGUUUGCUCAAAAGUGCAACCGUACUAUUAUCAUUUUUUCCUUCGAUUUCGUUUGUUAAUCUCUUUUUGUUACAUGCAUUCGACGCGUGCAGGUGUUGCGUGUUACGUCGUGAUUCGCUUGCUCAAGUAUCUUUCUUCCCUUUUUCUCGUAGAAUUGUUCGUUCAAUGACCACGUGAUGUGAACGUCACGCGUGAAUUUCUUAGAAAUUAUAUCGGUAUACGGGUAUUGACAUACGUGUAGGUAUCGUGAGUGACGUUCACGAGGCGAUCGCUUGGUUUAUCAAUUGAAUGUGCAUUUUCAAAGAGAAACCGACUUUCACCUAAUCUUUAUCGUAGCGCGUUUAUCACGAAACCUCGUAAUUCAUAAUUUGCCAAUAUUUCGGCGCAACAUUAUGGUGCUUGAAUUACCAAAGGAUCGUGAAUUUUUGGUAAACAAUUUCACCUCUCUAUGAGGAUUGCAAUUAGUAUUUUAUAAUCUAUUUUUUCAAACUCCAAAUAAUGUUCAUAAAACAUUUGAAAUUAAUCUGUUGGAGCUGAAAGAAUUGCCCGGAGUAAUUACUAUCGCUCUUAUUAUCUGAACGAUGUGUAAUAGCGAACGCAAUAUAUUUUUUAAUGUAAUAAAUGCUCUCUGGGCGACUGUGUACAAGGAUUACCUGUUAAAGAAUACUCGUUACAGCUAUACCUAUUAGAAAGAUUUAAAACGGCCUUCGACGACCUUAAAAUAUCCUCAUAUUCGCUUAGAGAAUUGUUCACGCGUAUUUCUACCAACUAAAAACUUUUAUCGCAACAUAACAUUCUACAGUCAAAUGUUUUCACGCACUCUAAACUUAUAAAAAUACGAUCAGGUGAACGAUUAUUACCAGACAUCUGUAAGCUUGAUCUUUUAUCUAAAAUUCUGUCUAAAAAUUUAUGCGUAACACAGAUUGUCUUUAAAUAAACAUUUCAUUUAUUAUCUAUUUCAAAAGUGCAUCGCCUAAAUUUUGAAAUUAUGCCACACAGGCAUAAGUUUUAAGCCUAAACGUUGGCUUAAACUUUAAUCGUAAAAUCUAGUUAUGUAUAUGCUACCAUGUGGCGCCAAUUUAAAGAGCCAGCAAAUUAUUUACUUGUAAAUAGAAAUGUUUUAUCGAUACAUUAUCGUUGCAUGCUACCCGGUUUUUCAUUCGGAUACGGAGUUAUGCGACGCGACGUAUUUACACGCACCUGGCACGCUCGGACACGUUAGUUAGACACAUAUUAGUGUCGCUAGAAGAAGGACGAUAGAUAGAUCGAUAUAGAUGAAAAAUAUAUCUACUCGUACACGAAGUACGAAUAAAUAAAUACGCGCUGGCGGUAAUUUACGUGAGAGCAUUAUACAUAUAUGAUAUAUAUAUACAUAUAUAUAUACAUAUAUAUACAUACUAAUCUUGCUGAAUAUUCCAAGAAAGUCUGUCCAUUUUUUCGAAUGUCUCGAAAGUAUUUUAAUCUCUAUUUAAUUGUUGCGUGACAUACGGCGCAAUGGCAGAAGAAUGAGUCGUAUGGGACUUUAAACACACGACAUUAUUACAAUUUAGAAGAAAUCGUGCGUGAUCAUUAAUAUGCUUAAGAGAAAUAUUUCGUUCAGGAACAACUUAAUUGGCAACAAAUUGCCGAGAGUGGUUUCACCGAAAAUAUUUCUCACAUUUGCGCUAAGCAUCGUGCUGAGGUCGAGGCGUGCGUAAAUUGACUAGUCCUUAAGUUCGGUGCUAAUCAACAAGAAAAACUGUGCAAAAUAUAUAUGAACUCGCCUUAUCAUGACGUCUACGACUCCAUUAGUUAUGUAUCUUUUUAAACAAGCGGGUUUAACUCUUUUGAGAUAAUUUAGAUUGAUCUACAGACAUUAAGGAAUUUUUAUCGACUCGAUUACACUUUCCCAUGUUUACCAUUUCGCGUCUUAUCUCUUCUUUUUAAGUGAUAAGUUCGAUUAGAGUACACGCGAGCACCAUUCAGACGAUACACGAUCCUCGAACCGUGUGUUAUGCGUGUUUGAUCUUAAUCUGCAAAGAGUUAAACACGAAACAGAAACAUUCUUCUGACGUUGCGCGACGAAUUUUGCACGUAAUCAUUAUGUACAGAAGCAUAUUUGCGAACGAGCCUCUGUACGUACAUAUACACAUAUAUAUUUCUAAUCCUAUAAUGUGUAUACCGAAACUUGUAUGCACAUUUCGACGUGAUUGUGUACGAGCAGAGGAUGUUAACCGACUUCUGUCGAGGUAACACCGCGAGCCACUCUUCGUCUUCGUUUCACGUUGCGAACAAUGAAUUCGAAUUCUUACGAUUAGUGGUGUAAGCGAACAAUAUACUAUAAUCGUACAAUUUGAUCGACCUAACAACUGUUUAUGAUUCGUUUACCAUUGUGCAUUUUAAUGCUGAUGAUGGAUGAUUUCAAUGAAUCAACUUGACAACAUGCAGAGAACGUGAAAGUUAUUAUUACAAUUUCGAAUUCAGGAGAAAGAUUACAAAAGUAAUAAUAGUGAUUUUAAUUGGGAUAUCUUAAGGUACAUAGCGCGCAGGUCGUGCUACGAUUUACAUAAUAAAAAACGAUUCUUCUUAAAGUUUUCAAACACACAUCUUAUUACGCGUAAGAAGUAUGUGUACAGGAAUGAUAUAGACUAGAAAGUUUCUCGAGUAUUGUGCCAAUCAUAACAUUUUAAGCCGCCCAGAGAUCUUGUAUGUCCGUUUGUUCCUUUUAACGACAGAACAAAUAAAUGGUAGGUCCAACGAAGGUAUACGAACCGUCUUUAACAAUUAAAAUGUAAUAAUGAAAUCUCAAGGAGGGUAGCGUUUACUAAAAAUUUUGAACGAUCCCUUGCCAGUCUUCGAUACAAUUUGAUCUUCCAUUAUGAAUCGUCUUCCCGAUCUUAAUUUUUUUUUAUAUGCAUAAAUCGUAUCAUGGACACAGACAAGUGUAUUAUAUUGCAUUUGUAUUUGUAUAAAUGAUUUGUAGUUGAAACCCCUAAACGGAAUGUACAUGAGUGAUAGCUAAAGUGACCUUUUUCUUCUUGACACGGUGCGGAUUAGUAAAAAGGAUACAGUGAUAUCUACAAAUUAGAAGGAUCGAUAGAUGCGACAGGUAAAGACGUGAAGUUCACCUGAUCGUUUUGGUCAGAUCCAGUUUUCUUCAAUAACAGGCUUCCUUCAUUUUAUGACGGGCGAAACGAUCAUUAAUACUGGUUAAAUUACACAGGAGGACAGGAAGACAGAAAGAGUGGCUCUCUCGACAUGUAUUUCAAUCUUCCGUAUUGAAUUUUAAGUGUUACUAAUCGUAAGAUCGUAAGGCUGACCUCCUAUGUCUAAUGUGACGAUUCGAGUUGAGAGUAUGUAUACCGAGGAGAUAAAUUAUUUAUUUGUUUACGAUAACGAGGCCAUUUGCGAAUUGUAUUUCGGGCUAUUCGCGUAUAAACUCGAAAGACUAUCGCUGCAAUGGUAAUUGCAGCGACGAUAACCGCCCGAAGGUGCGACCCCGUCUAAAGUGCACGAAUUCCACGAGCACGUAUGUACUAUAUGAUUAAAACAGAAGAUAUAAACAAAAGAAAACUCAUAGUACUUACGAUCGCGUUAAUCAUCUGCGAUAAAUAAGACAUUACGACUAACGGAAUCGAACGUAUUGUGCAUUAUAUGUCGGGAAUGAAAUAAAAUCAAAAUGAAUCAAUUGACAUUCUGCGUGUCUUCUCAAUGUAACAAUCAUGAUCUACAAAUUCCUGUAUUUCUUAACAAAGCAUAAUUAUAUUUUUACUUUUAUCAAUUCCUUAUAAAGUUAAGAACUAUUAGCACAUAAAAUCGAGGAGGUAUUACUCGGUACUAUUAAAGAGUGGCAGUACCCGAGUAAUGAAACAUUAGGUCCAGAGGGGCUCAAACAAUGAUCUAUAGAUCAUUGGAGUCAAGACAGAGUGGACAAUCACUCUUUUCGGUGGUACUCGGUAUCGAGGAAGUCUUUGGAUCAUAUUUAGUCAAGGAUGGCGAAAUAAAAAUUCUGAGAUUCAUUCCCAUUCGUUUAUUAAUUAGAAUUUAGACAACAUACAUUAAAUUAUGGAUAGAUCAAUGUACAAUUUGAAGUCACACUUUUCGUUCGUUAGUACAUUUCUUGCUGAAAAUCAUUAUAUUCCGAUCGUCUUCUUCGCUCUUUAAUGAUCCUCGAUGCACGUACGGUAUAUUUAAAUGAAAAUCAUAAUGCCCGCUCAUUGUUCUGAUGAAUCUAUAUACAAUUUGCCGUGCUCCAUAUCUUUAUAGAUGGCAGCUCCGGUGUGGAAUGCGAGAGUUUCUCUUCUAUAAGAAUGCAUUCAGCAUGUUCUGUUUACAGUGCCGUAGUCGCGUCCAUCAUCCUCGCCAAUCGUCGCUAGGUUGCGCAUUCGUUUCCCCGCUCCUUCCGUUCAGUAUUAUUAUGUUUCGCACGAUUCGUUAUUGGUGAUGUUCAAAGGCGUGGUGGGUUCGCGUACUUUUGAAAGCUACUUCGCGUGACAAUUGAUCUCGGAAGUGGUGGUCGGCCAAUAAUACGCAGUAAUGAUUCCGUGUUACACGACGAUCUAUGUUCUCUCGGUGGCCGUGCUUGGUGUCAAUGCUCUACACGCGAAGGAUCCUUUGGCGCCUCACGGAAGAUGCGAGCCGAUCAGAAUCAAUUUGUGCAUGAACAUCCCGUACAACGAGACGAUCAUGCCCAAUCUAAUGAAUCACCAGAAGCAAGAGGACGCCGGCCAAGAAGUGCAUCAAUUCGCGCCGUUGGUGAAGAUGAAGUGCAGCCCCGACCUUCGUUUCUUUUUGUGCACCGUGUAUGCACCCGUUUGCACAAUCAUUGACAGGGCCAUACCACCGUGCAGAUCAUUGUGCGAGAGUGCUCGUGCGGGGUGCGAACGUUUGAUGAAUAGUUUCAAUUUCUCCUGGCCGGAGAAUCUCGAUUGUUCCAAGCUGCCUGAAAACGGCGGUCCCGAACUUUGCGUCGGUCAUAAUGAGACAACACCGCCUGAACCAUCGCCUUCGGAAUUUCCGCGACUACGUAUGCCGGUAGCAGAAUUUCAACCUACUUGGACCGGGGGUUCGAAACCGCAUGGCAGCGGUUACAUGCUCGGCGCCAGGGAUUUCGGUUUCGUUUGUCCGAUGCAGUUCAAGGUCCCACACGAUCUCGGAUACUCGUUGAAGGUCGGCGCUAAAAUUGAGCCUGAUUGCGGCGCGCCUUGCGACGGAAUGUUUUUCUCUGAAAGGGAGCGACGAUUUUCAAGGAUAUGGGUCGGCACCUGGGCAUCUGUUUGUGCGGCUUCUUGCUUUUUCACCUUUCUGACGUUUCUCAUUGACACGAAUAGAUUCAGGUACCCUGAAAGACCAAUCAUUUUCUUGUCAGUGUGCUAUUUAAUGGUUGCAUUGGCAUAUGUGAUUGGAUGGGCAGCUGGCAAUUCUAUUGCGUGCAGAGAUCCUUUCCCACCUCGUAUAGAUAUGAGAAUACAAAUGGCUUCAACAAUUACCCAAGGUACCAAGCACGAAUUGUGCACAGUACUUUUCAUGGUGCUUUACUUCUUCGGGAUGGCAUCCAGCAUUUGGUGGGUCAUCCUUACGUUAACAUGGUUCCUAGCUGCUGGGCUAAAAUGGGGCCAUGAAGCAAUAGAAGCUAAUUCACAGUAUUUCCAUUUAGCUGCUUGGGCAGCACCAGCAAUAAAAACAGUUACUGUACUUGCGAUGGGAAAGGUAGAAGGUGAUAUAUUGUCUGGCGUUUGCUACGUGGGUUUAUGGGAUGUUGACGCUUUACGUGGAUUCGUAUUGGCACCAUUAUGCCUUUAUCUAAUCCUUGGAACAGUUUUCUUACUAGCUGGCUUUGUUUCUCUUUUCCGCAUUCGUACGGUUAUGAAACACGACGGUACAAAGACUGAUAAAUUAGAGAAAUUGAUGAUACGUAUCGGCAUGUUUUCCGUGUUAUACAUAGUUCCUGCACUGAUUGUCAUCGCUUGCUUAUUUUAUGAACAAGCAUACUUCGAUCAAUGGAUGUUGACUUGGAAUAUGGAGAUGUGUUCAAGACCUGGACCACGAUCUUUAUAUUCGAUACCGUGCCCUGUCGGCGAGCGCACCCGCGACGUCGGUAAGCGACCUGAGUUUGAAGUUUUUAUGAUAAAAUAUGUAAUGGCUAUGAUUGUCGGUAUAACAAGCAGUUUCUGGGUAUGGUCGAGUAAAACGUUGACCAGUUGGCGGCAGUUUUUUAAUCAUUUACAAGGACGCCGACCUGAAGCGUAUGUUUAGAAGUUAAUUCUAUGCAAAGAUAAAUAGGAAACUUUUGCUUUCCUUAAUUACUAUAUUUGAUCAUUGAAUAUCUCGCUCAAACAGUAUCUAAUCAAACUGUCACGCAAAGACAUGUAUUUUAUAUUGCAUCUGAUGGAGAUCUUCAAUUAAUGUAAAGUAACAUUACUAAAUUCAAUUUAUUGGAAACAGAUUUGGGAAUAACAAAGAUAUGCAGUUUUAUAUUAUUUUUCUAUCUUGUCAGUGCAUUAUGAAGAGUAACGGGAAUUAUUACAAAUGUACUGUGCCAAAAUAUUUUUUUACGAUUGUAUUUUUGUUUAAAGUAUUUGUGAUGUUUUUCAA